UUAUUUUUCUAAAAAUAAAAUCAUUGUGGUCUGCAAUGUUUAAUAAGAAAAUGAAGGAUUCUGUAAUUGAAUUUGAAAUUUAGAUCAAUAAAUGUGGAAAUAUUGUAUUUAGAUAUAACAAUUGGUUAGUGAGUCCAAUAUGAAUAAGGGUAUUGUUAAAAGCCCUUUACACAUAAUUUGAAAUUUUAAGAAAAGUUAAACUGUUUCUUAAGAUUCCAAAUCACAUAUAUUUAUAUAAUUUAGAUAUUAUAUUUCAAUUGCUACCCUAUUAUUUAGCUCUGUUAUGAAAUUAUAAAUGGAAAAUUGAUAGUAACGAGAAUAGCAGCUUUGCAAUGCACUAUCAGUUAGCACCAGUUUCCCAGCAUUGAAGAGGUAAUAUUGACACUGGCUGUACAAUGCUUAAAUGAGUUUGAACAUUCAUUCUUAAGCUAUAUUGAUAUUUGGAUGUUGUAUUCUUCCAUUAAAUGUAUAUUUAUAGUACACACAAUGCUUCAACAGAGAAUAAAACAUAUUGAUGCGAUCUUUUUUGAAGCAUUGCAUAUUUUUUUAAAAUAUUUUUGCUUUUUUCUAGAUAGAUCGCUCAAAUCUGCUUCUACACGAUUCAGAAUCACAUGAAAUGAAUCUCAAGAGCUUACGAAAAUUUAGCUUUCAGAUUUUCUUAAUCGUAAAACCUUUAGUUUGUUAUGUAUAUUUUAGCAAUUUUCAGGUACAAAUGAAAGAAAUAUAUUUACACAAGCAUGCUUUGUAUAUAGGCAGCUGCAAGGUUGCAAGUCAUUUUUUUUCUACAUUUUUUUUCUUAUCCUAUUUUGCUUUGGGUUGAGACUUUGUUUGUUCCAUUAAAACAAUAACAUUGUUUCCUGUUAUUAAUAUUUGUACUAGCAUGAGUUUAGAAUAUAAUUUUAGUCCAUGUGCACUUAUUAUUGCAAAACAAUCUGUAAACUUAGUUGAUACAUUGAAUUAUAUAUGACAUUGUUACUAGAUGAUACUGUAUAAUAAUUGACCACUUAUAUAUUAUAUUGCAUGGUAUAUGAAUGAUAAUUUUAGUGAAGUUUUUAGUAGGCUUUUACCACAGUAUACAGUUGAUCCCUCAGUACAUUGUUAUGGAUUUAAAUUACAAUUGGUAAGCCAGUUGUUACGAUUGGUGCACCAAGCUAUAGUGUAGACUAUGGCAGCUCUAUCACAUUGGUCUGUACAGUGGUGGCUAAUCCUGUAUACACAAUGGUCAGUUGGACUAAAACAAAAGCAGGUGGCAGCACAGAAAAUGUUGAUCUGUCUAACACUGCAAAAUAUUCUGGAUCCCGUAUAGGUUCACCUUCACUUACCAUAAAAUCAGCUGUUACCAGUGAUGAAGCUACAUAUGUUUGUAGUGCUACCAAUAGCAUUGGACAGGGAUCCAGUUCGGGAACUGUUUUAAAUGUAGUUGGAGGUCUGUUAACAGUGACUGUUCUUCAGACUUCGUACUCUGUUCUCCUAGGUAACACAGCCACAUUAGGUUGUUCUUGGUCUGGUAUCCCAUCAGCCAGUUUUAUCACAUGGCAGAAACUUGCCAAUAAUGUGAAUAGAGCAACCAAUAAUGUGGCAGCAGAUAUCAAAGUUGGUGCAAGCAACGGAAAAUAUGUUGGUGCAACUGUUUCUAGCCCAUCAUUAAUAAUCACAAAUGUUGACAAUGAUGACAAGGCUCAAUAUAUUUGUACAGCGACCAAUACGGCUGGAAGGGCAUUCAGUGAUAGAACAUCUCUAGAUGUAACAGGAACAAUUCCUCAGGUCCAGAUAUUACAAGAUUCAUACUCUGCAAACUAUGGUACCUCCAUCACACUAGAUUGUAUUGUAACGGCUGUACCACUGCAUACAGUAGUGACAUGGAGAAAAACUAAAAGUGGAACAGCAACUAAUAUCAACAUUGCAGCAUCGUCAGGGAAAUAUAGUGGUGGCACAGUGAUCUCUCCAUCAUUAGUUAUAAACAAUGCUAUUCUAGAUGACGAGGCCAGUUACAUGUGUAGUGCUCAAAAUAGUAUUGGCAUUGGGAACAGUUCAUCUACAGUACUUGAUAUUGUUGGAGGUUUGCUGACGGUGACCAUACCAACAGGACCAUACAGUGUUCAGGUUGCCAACUCUAUAACCAUCCCGUGUAUAUUGUCUGGUCUUCCUGCUGCAACACAAGUUAUUUGGAAAAGGAUUCAGAAUACUAUUACCACUGAUAUCGACAUAGCGAGUGGGGGAGGAAAGUACGCUGGGUCAUCAAAAUCUACACCCGCUUUAACCAUUCAUAAUGCAGUGAAAUCAGACUCAGCCAAUUAUCAGUGUACAGCUACAAAUGUGGUGGGAACCUCCUCCAGCCAGGAAACUUUUCUCAGUGUGUAUGGAAAUGUUCCAGUUGUGCAAAUUCCAGCCAGGACAUACUCAGUUAAUUUUGGCGGGAAUGUUAUAAUUCCAUGUAGUAUACAGGCUAAUCCAUUGCAUACUUCUGUCCAAUGGAAAAGAUUUACACAAGGAACUUUACAAGAUAUAGAUAUAACAAACUCCGGUGGGAAAUUUUCUGGAUCAAGUUUGAACUCACCUGAUUUGGUCAUAAACAAUGCUGUUGCCGCGGAUGAGACCAACUAUAUAUGUACAGCUACCAAUGCUAUUGGAACUGGCCAAAGUUUCUCAAGUUUCUUGGAUGUAAUCGGUGGAUUACUGACCGUUACUAUUCCGUCAAACCAGUACUCUGUACCUGCCGGUCAGGACAUACAGCUCGUCUGUAAAGUAACUGGUACCCCAGCUGCCUUUUCUGUUCAAUGGAAGAAGAUAACAGUUGGAAGAAGUGUAACACAGGAUAUAAACGUUGCCACCAGUAAUGGUAAAUACUCUGGAUCUACAGUGACUACACCAACACUAACCAUACAUAAUGCUGGGGAAACAGACAGUGCUAAUUAUAUAUGUACGGCUACCAAUGCUGCAGGGACAGCUCAGAGUCAAACUACUAAUCUUAAUGUUAUUGGAGAUAUCCCUACAGUAGUGAUACUAAACCCUCCCUACACAGUAUCUUAUGGUCAGACAAUCACCAUUCAGUGUCAGGUCACUGCUACUCCUUCAGCCAACAACAUUAUCUGGACAAAGACCAUUAAUGGUGUCGAUACACUGAUAAAUGUUGCCAGUUCUAAUGAGAAAUACUCAGGUUCUACUGUAGAUACUCCAUCUCUAACCAUAACAAAUACCAAUAUAAAGAAUGAUGAAGGAAACUAUGUAUGUUCAGCUACUAAUAGUCUGGGAACUGGUCAAAGUGCUUCUGUUUUCCUGGAUGUCAUCGGAGGUUUGCUGACUGUCAAUGUACCACAGGCUAAGUACACAGUUCAGCAGGGAAGCAGUAUACAGAUGGUCUGUUCCUGGAGUGGUACACCCAGUGCUACAGCUGUAGUAUGGAAGAAAUACAUCCUUGGUGUACCAACAGAUAUUAGUGUUUCUAAUGGCAAUGGGAAGUAUGGAGGGUCUACAGUGACAUCACCUUCUCUAACGAUUAGUAACGCUGAUCAAAGUGACAAGGCUACUUAUGUUUGUACUGCCACUAAUGCUGAAGGAACCUCAAACAGUCAGCCAGUAAAUCUGGAGGUCACAGGAGGUGUUCCUGUUGUGAGAGUUAAGCAGUCGGUCUACACAGUGAACCAUGGAAGUUUUGUUAUUUUGGAGUGUACAGUAACCGCCAAUCCAACACAUACAACGGUACAAUGGUAUAGAAUUGUUAACGGUAACCCUGUAAAUGUGGAUAUAUCUAUAACUGAUAAGUAUAGUGGAUCUACUGUCAGCAACCCAUCACUUACAGUUCUCAGUGCUUCUAAUGCUGAUGAAGGAUAUUACGUCUGCUCAGCAACUAAUUCUGUGGGAACAUCUCAAAGUUCACAAACAUUUUUGGAUGUGCUGGGAGAUAUAUUGACUGUCAAUAUUCCCCAAAGUCAGUACCAGAACGACUUUGGCACCAAUGCCACCCUGACAUGUCUUGUGACAGGAAGUCCUCCUGCCACUAAUGUAUACUGGACAAAAAGCCAUGCUGGUGGCACCUCAACAAAUAUUGACAUGACCAAAACAAACAAAUAUGGCGGAUCAUCAGUUAAUAAUCCCUCCCUGAUUAUAUCCAAAGUAGAUACAAAUGAUGAGGGCGACUACAUCUGCUGGGCUACAAAUGCUGUAGGAACAGCUCAAAGUAGUUCCACUAAUUUAAAAAUCAGUGGUAGUAAGUAAAUCGUCCAAUGUAGAUGAUAUCCCUUUUAGAACCUCCUAAUGUCACUUCAGUGUGUAGUUAUUAUCACAACAGUAGCCAUGUUUAAACACACGGGAAUUCUGAUAUAUGUCACACCCAAAUCUAAAUCUUAACAGACUUGUAGUCAAUGUUACUCUUAAGUUACCUUUGUCUCUGGAUAACUUUUUUCAUGGAUUAUGUAUUCUUGUUUGUUAUUUACAUAAUAAAU